AAAAAAAACCCAAAAAAAAAAAAAAAAAAAAAAAAACCUAAAACCAUCUCAUAUUUGUAAAUCCUCACAAACCCACUUGAAAUUUCCACUUACAAACCCCAAAAACACAAUCUUUCACACGCUCUUAUAAAAAAAUUACAGAUUUUUAAUUUUUUUUAUCACUCGAUUUUCAUUUUCCCCAGUUUUAUGCAAUUUUGAAACAACCAAUAGAUCCUAAACCCAUCAAUUUCUUGUAAAUGCUGGCAACCUCACUUCAAAUUUCCACCUAAAGACACAAUCUUUCACACACCUAUAUAAAAAAAUUCAGAUUUUUCAUAGUUCUUGAUUUUGAUUUUUCCCAGUUUUGGUUGUGAGAAUUUUAGCUUAUUCUUGUAAAUUCUCACAGCCCCAUUUGAAAUUUCCACUUACAAACCUCAAAGACACAAUCCUUCACACACACAUAUAAAAAAGUACAGAUUUUUAACAGCUCUUGAUUUUCAUUUUUCCCAGUUUUGGUUAUUGUGGGAAGUUUAUUAGCUUAAUAAAUGUCAGUUACUUGUGGAGUAGAGUGUGUGGUGGUGUUAGGAUGUAUGCGUUGGGUAUGGAAACGUUGUACUUAUAUAGGCAAUGAUGACAGUGCCACGUGGCAAUCAGCAAACUAUGAAGAAUUUGAACCUGUUCCCCGUCUUUGCCGUACAAUUCUUGCUGUCUAUGAAGAUGACCUUCAUGACCCCAAAUUUCCACCUGAAGGAGGCUAUAGGCUAAACCCCGAUUGGGCUGUGAAGAAAGUUGCAUAUCAAGAAACACUUGGUAAUGCUCCACCUUAUUUGAUUUACCUUGAUCAUGAACACCAUGAAAUUGUUGUAGCCAUAAGGGGUUUAAAUUUGGUGAAAGAAAGUGAUUAUAAAGUUUUGAUGGAUAAUAAGCUCGGCAAGCAGAUGUUUGAUGGUGGGUAUGUGCAUCAUGGUUUGUUGAAGGCAGCAAUUUGGAUGUUGAAUAAAGAGUCUGAGACUUUGAAAAGGCUUUGGGUUGAGAAUGGGAAGAGUUACAAGUUGAUAUUUGCUGGUCAUUCUUUGGGUUCUGGAGUUGCAUCAUUGUUGACUAUAAUUGUGGCGAAUCAUGGGGAUAGGUUAGGGGGUAUUCCGAGGAGUUUAAUAAGCUGCUAUGCUGUUGCUCCUGCUCGGUGUAUGUCACUCAACUUAGCUGUUAAGUAUGCUGAUGUUAUACACUCGGUAGUUUUGCAGGAUGAUUUCUUACCCCGAACGCCCACCCCACUGGAAGAUAUAUUCAAAUCCGUCUUCUGUUUACCCUGCUUGUUAUUUAUGGUAUGCUUGAGAGAUACCUUCAUACCUGAAGGUAGGAAGCUGAGAGAUCCGAGAAGAUUAUAUGCGCCUGGCCGAAUGUAUCACAUCGUUGAGAGAAAAUUUUGCAGAUGUGGGAGAUUCCCUCCAGAUGUUAGAACAGCCAUCCCAGUUGAUGGAAGAUUUGAACAUAUUGUGCUGUCAUGCAAUGCAACAUCUGAUCAUGGAAUUAUUUGGAUACAAAGAGAAUCAGAAAAGGCAUUAGCAAGACUCAAGGAGGUUAGCGCUGAGACCACGACUACCCCACCACCAGUGCAGAAAAUUGAAAGGCAGCACACACUAGAAAAAGAACACAAGAAGGCACUAAAAAGAGCUGUCACUUUAAAUAUUCCACACGCCGUGCCAACAGAUGCAGAGGAGGAAGCCUCAGUGCAUGUGCAGAAAGAGGAAAAAUCCACGACAGAGGCAGCUUCUCUCAUAGAAGGUGAAGACGCUUCCACAAGCACAGGCCAUUCCACUGAUGCAAGAACUAACUGGAAUGAAGUAGUUGAAAAGCUUUUCGCGAAAGAUGAAACGGGGAACUUGAGAUUGAAGAAAGAAGCAAGUGGUACUGAAUAACAACUCCCUUUGAAGAUGCUUUCUCUAUUCUUUCCUUUUUCUUCAAAAAUUUUGUGAUGCUUGAAGAAAAGUAUCAGUCAUGUUUCCACAAUUCCUGUUCAAUUCUUUGUAUCCAUUAGUCCUGUACAUUUUUCUUUUGUAAAACACUAUCUGAAAUAGAAUGUACAAUCUAAAGCCCCAGAGAGGGGAAUAGAAACAAAAGCAUAAAGAAAUUAUGAUUGGUUGUAGUUGCAUUUUUAUUUUGUUUUGUUUUGUAUGUGAAAUGCCUGAGUUGGCUAAACGAACUGUACCAUGAUUCUAGUUUUGGCUCUUUCCUUUA